AUGGGGCGACAACAGAAGAUCCUGCGCGCCGAGGAUUCCUUAUCCUCUGCGGUCGGCUUUCUCCCUUCGCGACGGCGGCAGACAGGGAUUCGGGCAGGGCGCACACGGAGGAAGAACGAGGCGCCUCCUGCAGCCGGCUUGUCUCUGUUUCCGCGCCGAGCGAAAGAGAGAGAGGCGGAGAACGAUGAAACCGCGGGAGUGCCUCCCAUGGUAGCCACACCAGUAAACGUGAGAAGGUGCUCGGUCCAGACCCGUGUUUUCUCUCUCGUGCUUUCGGGGUGUGUGAUUCUACUCGUCCUGUGCGGCGGGACCCGCCACGCGUCGCGGCUCCUGGGCGGCGCCAAGGCACUCGGGUCGGACUUGUCGCCGUCUUCGCGCCCCGAAAACCUUUCAUUGGGCGCGGAGCGCAUCUCCAAGAGAGGAGGAGGCGGCCCUGAGUGUUUGGCUCCGACCUCUUCUGACGCCGAGUUCAUUUUCGCGCCCCUCAGCGAGGCGCCUCCCCGGGGUCGUCUGCCUUCGUCGCCUUCUUCGGCGGCUCCUUCGCCUGCCGCAGCGGGCCGGCGGAUUCCGCGCGACUCCGCUUCGCCACCUGCCUCUCCCUUCCCUUCGGGUUCCUCCGCUGCGAAGCGCCAGGCGGCUCGCGACGACGCGCCUGGCGGCCUGCGGCCUCUUCGAGACGCCCCCUUCCUUCUGGAGAAGGCGCCUGUGGAUCUGAGUUCCCCGGCGGACUUCCUCGCGCUUCUCCCCUUCCGCCCGCGUGGCGGCGCUCCACAGGCGCUUCCGAGCGCUCUCCCGAGCUUCCUCCUGGUCUCCUGCGCGCGCAACGGCCUGCUCGCGGUGAGACCCGCAAGGAGUCGCAGCCCAGGGGCCCGCGAGCCCCUGGCCGCAGUCGCCACAGGCCACGAGGCGCCCGUCGUCGCCCUUGCCGCCUUCGAGAGACAUCCCGAGGAUGGGUUCGUUGCGACACUCGACGCCUCAGGCGAGCUCCGCGUUCACUCCGUGGUGACGCGGGCGGUCUCAGCGCCGCUCUGCGGACCGCCCGAGGCCGCGACAGGCGCGGAGGAGCCCAACUCGCUCUCUGCUGCCUCGGCUUGCGAAAAGCGACUCGAGGCGCCAUGGAAACUAGGGGGAGCGCUGGGUCUGCGCGCGGCAGUCUCGUUGGCGCCCGACGUCCUCGUCCGCCACGCCUUCCUGGCCGUCACCGGCAGUCGCAAGAUCACGAGCUUUGCAGUUAUUUCUCACAAAGGCGAGAAGCUGUUUCUCCUGGGCGACUCAGAAGGCUGGAUAACCGUCUUGUCGCGGACAGGGACGCUCCGCAGGCGUGUCAAAGUGACCGACGAAGAAGGCGGCGUGAGGCACGUGACGCAUCAGUCGGGCGUAGUCGUCUUCUGCACGGCGCGGAGCUUUGCAGUCUUCAGCGUGGCGGUCAUGGACGCAACGGGCGCCGUGGGAGGCGUCGACGCUCGAGCGCCCAUUUCCGCAAUCGCCUUGGACCCCACGCGGCAAACGCGACUGGCUGUGGCGUUGGAGGACGGCCAAGUGCUUUUAUACGAUUUGAAGAAGGCAGCCCUCCUUCACAAGCUUUCGAGCUCGUCGCGGGUGCCGCUGAGCCUCGUGUUCUUGAAGCACGUCAUUCUCGCAUUUGGCGCCGCCCAGGGAGAAGACAGUUUUCUGAUGGGGUUCGAUCCCAAAGCGGCUGAGGCCUCGCGCUCGGUCGUGCGCGACGGCGGAGCUUCAGGCGCAGCUUUUCUCUCAGCUGAACGAUUCUCCCUCGACAAUUUCCAAGUCGGUUCGGUUGCCUCGUCGUCCCGCAUCGGCGACAUGCACCUUGUUGCAGCCUUGUCUCUGAGCGGCGACGAGAUUCGCUUGUUUGAGCCUGUAUCGCGUCAUGGGCUGCCGCCAGAAGAGGAAUCCUGGACGAACUUCCGGUUGCCAAUACUCGUCAUCGCGCUCGUCGCCAUCCUCGUCUUUCGCACGUUUCGCACGCGGCGCCUCUCCGUCUUUAAGCCGAGAGACGAACCCGACAAAGGGGGCUUCUUGCCGGCCGCAGGCCCACGGGGCUGGGCGCGCAGACCCCGAGCCGACGAUAAUUUCGGCGACUUUCACAACAAGAAGCCAGACUUGACAGACUCAGCGAUCUUGGCGCUUCCCGCAGACGCCUGGCUUUUAUCGGCGGUCGGCUGCGUUACCUUCCAUGCGAAGGAACGGCGAUGCAGCUUUCUCAACGGCAGUGCGGAAAGAAAACCAGGGACGCGAGCCGUCUCGCGGUUGCCGCAGCUGAAGAAAUGGCAGCAAUGGAAGCGCUGGAAGUCGGGGCAGAAAGCGGAAGAAGUUAGGAGACAGCAGCGGGAGAGGCGCGGCCAGGACGGCAAAGAGGAAAGACGGAUAAUGGAACGCCUGCCGUUUAACCCUAAGCCCUAA